CAUGUAAAUGUACUGAUAGAGAUAUUGUAUACAUUGAAGGGACCUGUGGUGUUGAUCAAAAUGAUUAAAUCCAUCCUCAUCAACAGAUGAAUCUAUCUAAUUUGACUAGUUGUGUCUACCUCUGAUGAAGUCUUGUUCCUGUAACGUUAGCUGCAUGCUGAGAAACCAAAUGACUGAACCACAGAAUUUUCUAAACUAUCUUUGACUGAACUGUGUUCUCGCUCUACAUAAACAUUUGAUUGUCUUGCAAAUGCUGUAAUUCAUUUGACAUUCAAGCAGUAUUAUGUUGCCCUUGAAGGAGAAAGAUAGACCAAUAGUGAAGAAGCUGCUGGAAGCAGGAUGCUGCGCCCGCUGUGUCCUGAGGUUCUGCUGCUUGGGUGUGCAGUCGGCCUACCGCCAGUCUUAUGAGGAUACAGCAAGGGAACUUUGUGCUUUCGUCAGUGAUAAAGAGAAUAACGGAUCCCAAGAUGCAGCCGUGCUGGAGCAGCACAAAGAAGACCCCCCUAGUAAAAAAAUGAAGAUGGAUGCCGCAGAGACGGACGUCCAAUCAGAAGGCGACUCUGCUGUGGUUGCCACGGUGAUGGAGGAAGGCGACGCCGAGCCAGCGGACUCUGACGUGUGUGUGGUGUGCCUGGGAGUUCUACAGCAGUUCUGUGAUGAAGCCUAUGCCAUAAAGAUAUCGGAGGUGGUGAAGGCCAAAAACUACCAGUUUGACACGAUGGUACUGUCCGUCUCUCUACCGGCCCAGCUGUCUGUCAGAGAGCACUCUUGUUGGCUGCAUGUAAAGAAGGAAGUGAGGGAGAAGUCUAUGUGCCUCGAUAUGGAUGAUGUCAUCCAGGUGAAGGAGGCUUUCAAGUGGACCAUGCAGGGUCUGGUGUCCAAAGAGCUGGGGGGCAUACCUGUGGUGACCAAGAUCAAUCGACAAACUGAACAGUUUGAGGUGGGCGUGGGGUUUACACACCCAGAGACAGACUCAGACUGCCACUUCCUGGCUAGCAUCUGUUCAGACUGCUUCAGACCAACUAAGAACAAACAGAAUGUCUUCACUAGAAUGGCCGUGGUCAAAGCCCUCGAGAAGGUUUCUGAUGAGAAGUUUCUAAAAAAGUUCCCCUGUCCCCCUACAAGGCCAGCAAGCAAAUGCAUCGCUCAAGACGUCCAGUGUCUUCACGUUUCUAUAUUUGUGGCGGGGAGGUACAACAAGUUCUCCCGCACCCUGCCCCAGACCCCCUGGGUGAUUGACGGAGAGAGGAGGAUGGAGUCCUCGGUGGAGGAGCUAAUCGCUGCCCCCCUCCUCUCCUCUUUCCGGGCCGAGGGGUUUAAUUUCUCCUCCUCAGGAAGAGAGGACGUGGAUGUGCGGACACUUGGAAAUGGUCGUCCGUUUGCACUGGAGCUGCUAAAUCCUCACAGAGCCAAGUUCAAUAAGGCAGAGGUCCGACAGCUGCAGGAGACCAUCAACCAGUCCUCUGACAAAAUCCGAGUACGAGAUCUACAGAUCGUAAGCAGAGAUGCUAUGGGCCACAUGAAGGAGGGUGAGGAGGACAAGACCAAGUCGUACACCGCCCUGAUAUGGACCCAGAAAGCCAUCAACAAAGACGACAUCACGUUCUUAGAGGAAACCAAAGAGUUGAAGCUAGCUCAGAAGACGCCACUAAGAGUGUUGCAUCGCAGGCCGCUCGCCGUCAGAGAGCGCGUCAUCCACACCAUGAGUACAUGCUUCCUGGACGCGCAUCACUUCCACCUGAAGCUGCGCACGCAGGCAGGGACUUACAUCAAGGAGUUUGUCCACGGAGACUUUGGUCGCACCAAACCCAAUCUGUGUGAUCUGCUGAAGACUGAGACUGAUAUCCUAGAGCUGGACGUUGAGUCUGUAGAUGUGGACUGGCCACCCUCCAUCCCGGAGUGAGCCUCGUCUCACUGAUGCUGUUGGGGAUGCCAAAAGGAGCCCUAGUUCUGAUGGGCCAUACCUUCACCUAUUCGACCCCCACCACCAACAACUCUGUUUAGCUCAGUUCCACUGAUCUCUAGAUGAUAUGGAUAGUGUCAAUAUAUUUGUUUGUUUUUGAGGUCAAUACAGAUGAUUUUGAAAUGACUGAAUCUGUGCAGCACGUGCGCUGAGCUGAGGCCUUGAACUGAUCUUAGAUAUGUCUUUGAGAGCCAUAGCAGGGACUGGGUGUGAAUGGCAUUGCUGAUGGAAAGAACUACAAUCCAAGUUAAUUGCACCCUGGUGUCCCAAGUCUGAAUUAGUCCCUUAUUAGCAGAGGAUGAAAAGCAGAAGUGUUUCAGCCCUCCAGGACAGACAUUGAACAGCCCUUUUAUAGAGCAUCGCAGUAGUAUAUGGUCAGUAUUUGUGUAUUUUCCUCAGUUAAUUUAGACGUUUUUGUUCAGCCUUAAAAUCUAUUAUUUACCCAUGGAUUGUCCGAUAGGCAAAAGUAAUGCUAUACUUUUUUGUGAUGUCUCCCAUCAGCAUAAUGUUCCCCAUUGUACAUCCCAUCCAAAUAAAGGCCUGGGUUAUGUUGUUGUGCACACAAAGGAAUACUUUUUGGAACAGAAAACCAAAAAUGUUGCUUCAUUUUGAACAAGUCCACAAGUGUUUUAUGUUAAAAGGAAACUUCAGGAUCUACUGCCCUGGAAUCACAAGAACUCGUGGAUAACAUUUGUCUCUUUGUGCCAUUUGAAGGGAGUUGCUAACUAGCGUUAGCACAAUGACUGGAAGAGUAUGGGUAGCAGAUACUAAAGACUUGUGGUGAACAGAGUCACAGACCUUUGCAUCGUUCAAGACUGAUGCUUUUUGAGGUGUUGAAGUUGAGAAUUUGCCAUUGUUAUGUAAAUGAAAGCUAAAAAAAGUACCCGGGGCCCAGUGAGACACUGGUAGCGGCCUGUGUAGAUGGAAAAAGAAAUGCUGUGCCUUUUGGGUAAAACACGGGUAAAUCUGUCAGUGGGAAUGCGCCAGUAGUUUCUUCCUCCCGGUUCGUUUUAUUUUGUUUGGUUCCUAUUGAACAUGACCCUGGAUGAGACCCUUGCUUAGGGAAUUGCUUUCCAAAGGGAACACACUCAUUGAAAUAUCAGAAGGGCAAUAAAAAUAAAAAGAUUUACACCAUGAAAAACCCUGAAAUGUAUUCUUUAAUUUAAUUCAAAAUAAAUACUACCACGGCAAUGCAAGUCCACUAUUGGGUUCUUGCCCUAAUGUUUUGGUAAGAAAACAAACAGGCAAACAAUCCAAAAACAAUUGGAUAAAAAAACGACUUUAGUAAUGCAUCCAACAAUAUCAUCCUUCAGCGACUGAAAGAGAGGUGCCUUUUUGACUCUGAACAAGACUGGGUAACACUGCCUAGAGUGACAAACAUAAAUAAAACUAGUACUAUGGUACAAAAAAAAAAGGGGGGGGGGGG